CGACCAUGUAGUACGCUCUCUAGUACGUGCCCUUCAGCUGUGGUAUCGACUGGUAUCAAUUGAAGUCAUCGGAACACUGCUGUUACUAUCGAUCUCAAUCCUCAUCAAUUCCCUCAUCACAUCGCCCCUGCAGGAGUAGGAAGGUAUUCGUUCUCCGAUUGAACAUGCUGUCCUGUUGAUAUAAAGACAGCAUACCCCCCGAUUCGCCCUUCUUUACAUCGCUGGUCGAAUUGUUUUGCUGGUCGAAAUCGUUGCUUGCUGCUUACUUUGUCGUCGUCCUAGUCGUUCAUAACCCUAUCUACGAUUCCAUUAUGAUGUUCCUCAAUCCAUGUGGCGCUGUGUUCAAGGCGUAUGUUGUUCUUGUGCUCGGUUUUUCCUCUAUCGCGUCGACACUUGCCGCACCCGUCGCUCUCUUAACCGUCAAAGCUGCUGAUUUGAAAGUUCGCUCCAUCUCAGACAAUGCAAUCUUUCCCCGAGACGGAACAGGAACCAGGGAACCGUUUUCAUCCGACUCGAGCACGCAUGCGCUCCAGAUGACCGCGAAAUUUCACGAAGAUCUAUCUGUGAAGUUUCACGGAGAUAAUUACCGGAAGGCAGGGAUAGCUUUGUUUGAAAGGCUUGUAAAAGGUUUUGCGAGGGAGCAUUUCAAGGUCGAUGCAAGUUGGGUAGCAGAUAAUGUUACUAUCCAAGGUCUAGAAGAUAUAAAGCCCAGUGGAAACGAGAAGUAUACGUGCGACCUCAGCGGUUUUACCGGGGCGAAGGUUACCGCCAGAGCUUCAGUGUUUAGUUGUACGAUGGAGCUUGUGGAAUCAAAAAGGCCGAAACCAGGUGCAAAGAGGACACUGUCAUACAAUGGAAUCAUCAAGGAUAAAGACGGUCAAGUUGUGUAUGAGGCCAAAUUCGGAGUUAAGGUAGACCAUAACAAAGAUGCAGCUGACGCUACGAAGGACUUAUCGAGUGGUACCCCGACCAAGGCUGAAGGUCCCUCCGCAACGAAGCCUAGCACAUCCACCUCUAGUUCAAUUGUUAUCACCACUAGUUCGAAAGCAUGAGUUCUAAUCUUGCGACACAAGCAGAGGGUUGAGAGAAGCAGAUGGCCAUUCAAUGUGUUCAAAGAAGUUACCGUUGGACUUCGUGCCCCAAUGAAUGGACCA